AUUCGCGCGGUUUGUCGAAUGUUGUGCGGUGAAUGUUGAGGUUAAGUGGGUGAAAGGUCAGCGCGGCGCGAGUCAGUCGGUCUCCGUGAAACUCGAACGAUCACAAUCGCGAUUAUGUCUCUCCUCAGAGGUGUGUUCGUCGUCUCUGCCAAGAGGACGCCGUUUGGGACGUAUGGAGGAGUCCUGAAGGAGCACAGCGCCACGGAUCUGGCCGAACACGCCGCUAAAGCUGCUCUCGCGGCGGGGAAUGUGGCUCCUGAGAUCGUCGACAGCGUUAUCGUUGGAAACGUCAUGCAGAGCUCCGCAGACGCCCCGUACAUCGCGCGUCACAUGGGUCUGCGGUGCGGCGUUCCCAUCCCGGUGCCUGCGCUGACCGUCAACCGUCUCUGCGGCUCCGGCUUCCAGGCCGUAAUCAACGGAGCGCAGGAGAUCUGCCUUAAAGAGUCAGAGGUCGUUCUGUGUGGAGGCUCAGAGAGCAUGAGCCAAGCGCCUUACGCCGUCAGGAACAUCCGCUUCGGGACUAAGUUUGGCGUGGAUUUGAAGCUGGAAGACACUCUGUGGGCAGGACUCACCGAUCUGAACAUAAAGCUGCCGAUGGGCAUCACUGCAGAGAACCUGGCCGAGAAAUACCAGAUCAGCCGAGAAGACUGUGACCAGUACGCUUAUCAGACCCAGCAGAGGUGGAAAACAGCUCAUGAGGCCGGACACUACAAUGCUGAGAUCGCUCCCAUUGACGUGAAGGCCAAGAAAGGGAAAGUGUCCAUGACGUCUGAUGAACACCCCCGUCCUCAGACCACACUGGAGCAGAUGACAAAGCUGCCCCCCGUCUUCAAGAAAGGAGGCACUGUCACUGCAGCCAACGCUUCGGGCGUGUCUGACGGAGCCGCCGCUGUGGUCAUAGCCAGUGAGGACGCACUGAAGGCUCACAAACUCACCCCAUUGGCUAGAAUCGUGGCCUAUCACACCUCGGGCUGUGAUCCCUGCAUCAUGGGCAUUGGCCCUGUACCUGCCAUCACAGAAGCUCUGAAGAAGGCUGGUCUUUCUCUCAAAGACAUGGACCUGGUGGAGGUCAAUGAAGCGUUCGCUCCCCAGUAUCUGGCCGUGGCUAAAGCUUUGGGCCUGGACCCUGCCAAGACCAAUGUGAACGGAGGGGCCAUCGCCAUCGGACACCCUCUGGGGGCCUCUGGGGCGAGGAUCACUGCGCACCUUGUUCAUGAGCUCAGGAGACGCGGUGGAAAGUACGCUGUGGGCUCUGCCUGCAUCGGCGGAGGUCAGGGCAUCGCCGUCGUCCUGGAAAACACAAACUGAGAGAGAGAAGCCAGCACACACACACAUCGCUGAGAACGAAGGAAGUCCGAUUCAGAAGCUAAUUCGCACCGUCCCAAAGUCUGAAGCGAAGGUGUUCGUCCACAAACGUCGAGUAAAAGGUUUAUUUAGAGCCUGAUGAUAGUUCAGGAGUUGGAUUAUGAGUGAUGUUCGGUUACGGGACAGCGAUGCUGUAACGUGCCUUAUUUUUCUCACCGUGCCUGGUCUAACGUUAGCUGUUUUCCAGAGAUGUCAUAUACUGCGUUGCGUGUCGACUCCGUGUAGCUGAAUCUCUUGAUCGCGGACUUGAGAAUGGUUUUGUAUAAUGUUGAUAAAUUGAAGCACUCACCUGAGCUCUGACUGUAAUUAUUAAUAAAGAAUGAGAUGUAAAAUA